GCUGCCCAGGUAGAGCAGGAUCCCUAGCCAGCGCGGAAAGGCAGGCGCACGGACACCGCGCCGGGCACAGCCCCACACCGUUCCGCGCGGGGCAGAGAGGAGCUGCAGCCCCACGCGCCGCCCCGGACCCGCUCGCCACCGCCGACUCUGCAGCAUCCAUGGGGACCAGGAGACUUUAAAGGAGUUUGGGGUUUCGGGAGCAGGGAAAUCACCGGUACGGAGAGGCGGCUUUAUUUGCCUUGGAAACGGUUUUUUUUGUUGUUGCUGAAGUGUUUGGACCCUGUGCCGGGUAGGAGGGAGAGGGAUUGUCUGUCUGAAAGUGAAUCCCCCCCUCCCACGUACAUACCGCGCACUGGCUUCCCCCGUUCUUCCCCUGUCUCUUUGUUAGGUUAUUUUGGAGAGUGCAGCCUCGCCCUAGCGCAGCCGGCUUGACUGCUGGGCGGAAGGCGAGAGAAGGGGCAGAGUGCACCUUCACGUGUGGGCAGGUGUGCCCGGCUGCUCGGGUGUACAUGCAUUGGCGAGCGUGCAAGCGUGGGGCUGGACUUGUGUGCGGCUGCGACCGUGGGAGUCUGUAUCAGUGAAUCGUCGCGACGGUUUGUCAUUGUGUGUGUAUGUGGCAUUCGCGAAAGUGUAUCAGCCUGUCGGUAUCUGGACUCCAAGAGUGUGAAAUUUUGUUGGUGUCAAGUGAGCGCUUGUGAAUGUCCGACUGUCAUUGUGCGAGGCGCUGUCAGGGGAGGAGUGUGACGGACCUAGUGUAAAAACUGAUCCCGGCUCCUGGUUCUCGCCUCGCCGCGUCAUUGAUGGGCAACCAACUGGACCGCAUCACCCACCUCAACUACAGCGAGUUGCCCACAGGGGACCCGUCGGGGAUCGAGAAGGACGAGCUGCGGGUCGGGGUCGCCUACUUCUUCUCGGAUGAGGAGGAGGACCUGGACGAACGCGGCCAGCCCGACAAGUUUGGUGUGAAGGCGCCUCCGGGCUGCACCCCCUGUCCGGAGAGUCCCAGCCGCCACCAUCACCAUCUGCUGCACCAGCUGGUCCUUAACGAGACUCAGUUCUCCGCCUUUCGGGGCCAGGAAUGCAUCUUUUCCAAAGUGAGCGGCGGCCCUCAGGGCGCCGACCUGAGCGUCUACGCGGUCUCGGCGCUGCCGGCUCUUUGCGAGCCUGGCGACCUGCUAGAGCUGCUGUGGUUGCAGCCCGCGCAGGAGCCGCCCGCGCCCGCCCCGCACUGGGCAGUCUACGUGGGCGGCGGGCAGAUCAUCCACCUGCACCAGGGCGAGAUCCGCCAGGACAGCCUGUACGAGGCGGGCGCGGCCAACGUGGGCCGGGUGGUGAAUAGUUGGUACCGCUACCGCCCGCUGGUGGCCGAGCUGGUGGUGCAGAACGCCUGCGGCCACCUGGGCCUCAAGAGCGAGGAGAUCUGCUGGACGAACUCGGAGAGCUUCGCCGCCUGGUGCCGCUUUGGCAAGCGGGAGUUCAAGGCCGGAGGGGAGGUGCCGGCUGGCACGCAGCCCGCGCAGCUGCAGUACUAUCUCAAGGUGCACCUGGGAGAAAACAAGGUGCACACCGCCAGGUUUCAGAGCCUGGAAGACCUCAUCCGCGAGAAGCGCCGCAUCGACGCCAGCGGCCACCUGCGAGUGCUCCAGGAACUCGCCGAUCUCGUGGACGACAAGGAGUAGCCGCGGAGGGGCCGCCUUCCCCACCUGUCUCCCCGCGCCCCGCUCCCUUCUCAUUCCCGCACGCGGGCUUCGCAGCCAGCGAUUCACAACUCUCGCCCUCCUCGCGUGCCCGCCGCCGGUGGCCAGUGCCCAGGCUCUACCCUCGCACUCCGGCAAGUGGCAGGAAGUCUCAGGAACUGGUCCCAGGACUGGAAGAGCACAGAUGUGUGCGCCUGGCUGAGACCCCCAAUAAUAUUGAUGGUGUUGGGAGAC